UGCCACCAUACAAAUCCACUAUUCAGUCUUGUGUGUUGAGAAAAUGGGAGGUUGCUCUCCAUUAUUUGUGUUAGCAGUAGUGCUUAUAGGUAUCCCAUUUGGUAUAAAUGGAGCAAAACUGGCUUAUGACUACUACAAGUAUUCAUGUCCAAACUUAGAAACCAUAGUGAAGAGGGAGAUGCCAAGCAUUUUCUUGACUGAUGCUACUGCACCGGCAGCCUUUCUCCGGCUCAUGUUCCAUGACUGCCAAGUCCAGGGGUGCGAUGCAUCAAUCCUGCUCGAUUCAGACAAUUCAAAACACAAACCCGAAACGGUUUCUUCAAAAAACUUUGCUAUCAGAAAGCGGGAAACGAUUGGCUACAUAAAAUCAAUAUUGGAAAAUGAGUGUCCUGGAAAGGUGUCUUGUGCAGAUAUCAUUGCUUUAGCUGCCAAGGAAUCAGUGUCAUUCUCAGGAGGACCCCAUAUUCAGAUCCCUCUUGGAAGAAAGGACUCCACCACUUCUAGUUACCAACAGGCUGAUGCAAGUCUUCCCCCACAAGGAAUUAAAGUCCAUGAAUUAAUUCAUACUUUCGCCUCUAAAGGGAUGAAUCUUGAGGUGUCAAUCGCUAUCAUCGGUGCACAUACACUGGGUGUGGGACACUGCAUGAACAUUGCUAGUAGAUUGUACGAUCCACAGCCUAAUGGUCAUAUGCAUUAUGGAUAUGAGGCCUUCUUAAGACUUAAAUGUCCUACAAGAGUUCCUUUAUCAAACUUCACAUUCGUUCCAAACGACAUAACCCCCACGAUAUUUGAUAACCAGUAUUACAGAGAUGUUCUAAUGGGUAAAGGCUUGUUUACUAUUGACUCAAGCAUCUCUACAGAUCCUCGAACUGCACCCAUUGUUAGACACUUCGCCAUUGAUCAGAACUAUUUCUUCCAAGUCUUCUCUUCUGCGUUUGUCAAGCUUUCUUCAACCAAUGUUCUAACUAAAGGGAAAGGUGAGGUGAGGAAGAAAUGCAGCCAUAUAAAUAUAAACUAGCCUCAUCACACCUGAUAUGCACGUGCUCAGGGCCU